UGGGACCUGUGCUGGGUCAUCCAACCUGCAGGCUCCUGGUUCUGGUUCUGGUCCUGGUCUCGGAGUCCAGUUCACAGAUACAGUGAGGAAGAGGAGGAGCAGGAGGAAGAGGAGGAGGAGGAGGAGGAGGAGAGUACGACACUAAAACCUCCAACAUUAAUCUGGACUCUGGUGGAAAGAGUCUCAGUCUGGACCGUUCUGAUUUGCUACUUGUCCACAGCGUCCUGCCAAUCUGAAGACGUUCGAGGUUUCCUCAGCGACGACGUCCUGCUGCCUUGUGUCCAUGGAGACGUCCGCAAUGUACCUGACAAAGUCAACGUCUUCUGGAGGGACAAAGACAACAAAAUUGUUCUCAACAUUGAGGACAGUAUAGAACACACAGAGUUCCAGAACCCGAGGUUCAAAGAUCGAGUGUCCAGCUUCCCUGAAAAGUACAAGAAGGGAAACUUCUCCAUCGUCAUGAAGGAUCUGAAGCCGGAGGACGAAGGCGUCUACUGGUGUCACAUCCUGGACGUGGAGGAGAAAUCCAUCAACGUCAAAGUCUUAGGUGAACGUGUUGAAGAACCUCGGACCGUUUCUCCAACAGAACCUGGAUCAGAACGUGGAUCAGAACGUGGAUCAGGUCGGGGGUCGGCGGUGACAGACUCCCGGCUCCUGGUUCUCCUCUCUGCUCCUCUGGUGAUGCUCCUCUUUAACCUGCACUAGAAUGUGUUCAUGUUCUUCACCGUCACCACAGACCCGACAGACCACAGGCCUGGUUACCAUGACAACAGAGGAAACCAGUCAUAUCUGUAUGUAUUCAUACUCAACACGUACAACAUAUACAGCAUAUAGAGUCAAUGUUUAUUGAAGAGUGUUCACAUCCAUCCUGAAAGUGGCUGUAAAGAGUCUUCACGCCUCUGUGAUAAAUAAACCUGGUUCAUGGAGGCGUCGGCUUCCGGUGUCGAACAUGUUAAACAUUUAGUUUAUCAGCGUCUCUGGCAGCAGCUUCAACACCAGAACUUCAGCCCUGGAUGAACCCUCCUUCAGCUUCCUGCUAUGUUGAAGAACUUCUAGUGACUUAUCAGCCCCCAUGACCCUGAUCCCAGGUCCUCCAUGGUCCCCCCACGGUCCCUCCAAGGUCCCCCCAUGGUCCCCCCACGGUCCCUCCAAGGUCCCUCCAAGGUCCCUCCAUGGUUCCCCCUAUGGUCCCCCCACGGUCCCUCCAUGGUUCCCCCUAUGGUCCCCCCAUGGUCCCCCCACGGUCCCUCCAUGGUCCCCUCAAGCCCCACUUCACACCUCAACACAUUUGUGUUCUGUGUCUUUUUUAUCUUCAUGUAUUUAUUUAUUUACCACAUGGUAUCUCUCUUGUACUUCCUUGCUGUGUUGAAAUAAACGUUUAUGUGCUCAACCUUCCUCCAAA